AGCUUCUUCGAUUUCCCUCCUAGAGUCAAUUGUGGUAUGGAAAAUCAAAAUUUACAGUAGCUGAACGCAGUUAUGGAGUCGUUGCUUCCAGUAGAUCGUGCUGGCUUAGACACCCCAAUUCCGGGAACGAUGUGCAGUCGCAGAGUUUGGACACGCUCAGAAGUAUCCCGUCUCUCAGUGAGCGUGAAUGAAUUGGAUCUGGUGAGAGGUCUCUUACAAGCUUUGCAAGGUUUCUCUAGUCCCUUCAUUUUAUGGCACCAAAAGGAACAAACAUUCCUCCCUAAAAGUGAGAUACGAGUUUCUCAUUUGUCUCAGUCAAGCCUUCAUGUUCUCCUCUCUGGAUUUUUGUAUGCUGCAACAUGUUUGAAGCUUGUGGAGUCUAUUGUUUCUGGAAUUAAUACCUCUCUUAGAUCUCCUCCUACUUUAAUGGCGUUUUUUACCUCUGUCUCUUCUUGGCUUGAGAGACUCAGAGAUAUUGCUUUGAACGAAGAAGUGAAGAUCAACAAUUCUGAUGUUACUGUCACUCCAACCCUAUUGGGAUUAACUAGCUCUUUAUCUAGUCUGUGUUCAGGUGCUGAAUAUCUCUUACAAGUUGUACGAGGUGCACUCCCUCAUGCGUACUUUGAGUCAAGUUCAACUAUUUCGACAGCUGAAAUUGCUGUCCACGUUCUUGAUUACCUUUACAAGAGGCUAGAUGAAGUAUGCCUUGUACAAGGUGGUGAGGUGGGAGGAUUUCACAUGCUGCUGCAAAUAUUUGCUGGAAGUUUAUUGCCAUAUAUAGAGGGGUUGGAUUCAUGGUUGUUUGAAGGAACUCUUGAUGAUCCUUUUGAAGAGUUGUUCUUUACAGCCAACCAAUCAGUCUCUGUUGACGAUGCAGAGUUUUGGGAGAAAAGUUAUCUGUUGACGAGGGUGCCGGGUCCAAAUUCAGAUGUAACUAAGCUAAAUCAAAAGAAAGGAAUGAAUGUAAAUGACUCCAGUUCAGUUUCUGAUAGAGAAAAGGACCAGAAUAAUCGGGUGUUAUGCCCACUAUUCAUAAAAGACAUCUGUAAGUCGAUUGUUUCUGCUGGAAAGUCACUGCAGCUGAUGCAGCAUAUUCCUUCCACGUCUCCGGAAGUUUCUGGAAAGAUUCGGUACCAUGGUCGGAAUUUGGACAGUGCCAUACUCGCUGAAAAGUUUAGAAGCACUGCAGACUUAUCCUUGUCUGAAAUCUUUUGUCUAUCACUUGUUGGCCUUACAGGCUACGGCGAUCAUGUAUCUAGAUAUCUCUGGAAAGAUGAGGUGGAUGAGUGGGAGAUUUCUCCAACUUUAGCAUCAUAUAUAAGUGGAGAGCUGGUGAAUGGCAUGGGUGAUAAAGAUCUUCCAGUUCACACCUACUCAGAUCGAGUGUGGUAUAAGUUGUUGGUUGGUGCUGUGCAAGAGAAAAAAUCUAGGGAGACCAAAUUAGAACACCAAAGUGCGUGUUAUGUUAAUUGUGUUGGGAACGGAAAAAAUGGCCUCGCCGCCGAGAAGGCAUUGCAAGGGUUAUUCUGUCAUGAAAACGUUGUUGUUUCAGUCUCUAAACUAGAUCUUCAGAGGAAUAAAAAUGCUUGGAAUGCCCUGAACUUAUCACAAAACUAUUGUCUACCCUCUCUAAAUGAUGAGAGUUUGUUGAGUGCUGUUUUUGAGGGAUCUGGCGUGGCAGAUGCUGGAUUGAGCGGAACAAACUACAAAUUUGGAUUUCAAUUUGGUAUAUCUGAGUAUCUUUCUUCUCAGGAUGACACCAAAAUUCUAGAAACGUUAUUUCCCUUUCCCACUUUGCUUCCGUCAUCCCAGCCAAAGCUCCAUAUGUCAGAAUUCUUACCUUUUCAAAAGAAUAGUACACUUCCUUCAAAAGUUCUCAGCUGGAUGCUUAAGGAAGAGCCAAGGGAUACUCCACUUCCUGUUGUAAUAUUGCAAGAAUGCUUCGCAAUCUACGUCAGGAGGCAGACGGACUACAUUGGCAAAGUGAUCUUGUCCAGACUAAUGAAUGAUUGGAAAUUGAUGCACGAACUUUCAGUGUUGCGUGCCAUUUACUUGUUAGGCUCAGGGGACCUUCUGCAGCAUUUUCUGACUGUCAUAUUCGAUAGGCUGGGCAAGGGAGAGUCAUCGAAUGAUGAUUUUGAGUUGAACAUAAUCCUUCAGGAAUCAAUUAGAAAUUCAGCUGAUGCCACGUUGUUAAGCAGUCCUGAUUCAUUGGUGGUAUCUAUUUCCAGAGAAGAUUGUUUAGACAGAGACAAAGAUGACAAGGGUGACGUAAUACCACUUUCUUCAACUCGUAAAAGCCGUGCUAACAACUUUGGGAUAGAUUGUCUUGAAUCUCUCAAAUUCACAUACAAGGUGCCAUGGCCGCUUGAGCUUAUUGCCAAUAGUGAGGCCAUUAAGAAGUAUAACCAGGUGAUGGGAUUUUUGUUGAAGGUCAAGCGAGCAAAAUAUGUGCUUGAUAAAGCACGAAGGUGGAUGUGGAAGGGUAAAGGCUCUGCAACAAAAAUCCGCAAGCACCACUGGUUACUGGAACAAAAGCUCCUCAAUUUUGUGGAUGCUUUCCAUCAAUACGUAAUGGACAGGGUAUAUCACACCGCAUGGCGUGAGCUGUGUGAAUCUAUGGUAAAAGCAGGGUCUCUAGAUGAGGUCAUAUAUGUACAUGAGACCUACUUGUUAUCGAUUCAGAGGCAAUGCUUUGUGGUACAAGAAAAGCUGUGGGCAAUCAUCGCAAGUCGGAUCAACAUGAUUCUCGGUUUAGCUCUAGAAUUCUACUCAAUACAACAGACUCUGAGCAGCGGCGGAGCAGUUUCAGCGAUGAAGGCUAGAUGUGAAAUGGAAAUAGACAGGAUUGAGAAACAGUUUGAGGACUGUAUUGCUUUCCUCCUUAGGGUAUUGUCUUCGAAGCUGAAUGUGGGACACUUCCCUCACUUGGCUGAUUUAGUGACCAGAAUCAAUUACAAUUAUCACUACAUGUCUGACACUAGAAGCUUGAUGACUGUUUCUGGAGCAGAGACAAAAUCUUCCAGGGGCUGAACUGCCAGAUCUGAUGUCCAUGGAACUAAAUCACAAAUGCUGCAUCGUUGAUCUUCAAGUCUCAAGGCUUUUCUUGAGCUGCUAGUUCAUAGGUACUUUUUUAAAGCCACUGUUUUUAACUAGAUACUGUGAGAAUGUGUGCAUUUAUGUAAACUCAACUAAGCUCUAAAUAUUUUCAGUUUGUAAAAUUUUAUGUGCCUCGUGUAGAAAAUGAAACACAUGUAAAAGGUGUUUGCAAGAAAAUAGUGAUGACGUCAUUCUACCUAA